GUUCAGCUCGUGCUGGGGUCUGAAAAAAUUUUUCCUUUCCUACAUAUAUCGGCCGCUGAAUGAGGCAAUAGUUGGGGAGCAAUUACUAACAGAAAAAAACCCCAAAAAAAUGUUACUAAUUUCCAGGACCCUCUGGCGAAGUCAUCAGCGCCUCCAACUGCAGCAGCAACUCGUGCACAGCGCAUCCAGUGGCGGCUUAUUGGCGGAAAAGCACAUUCGGCAUCGGAGCACCCCGGAAUCGUUGGUCUCAGCGCAAGAACCGGCUGAUUGCGGUCACAUCAUGAGUGGCAGAUAUCGCGGCGGUGGCGGCGGCGGCGGAAGAUUCGGAGGACGCGGUGGCGGCGGCGGCGGCUACGGAGGAGAUGGCGGUGGCUACAACGACUUCGACAACUACCGCGGUGGCGGCGGCGGAGGACCAGGCUUCAAUGACAACUUCGGGCCCGGUCCCGGUCCAAAUCCCUUCAACAUGGGUGGUCCCAACAUUUCCGGCAACGAUUUGAUGCAGCUGAUGAGUGCCAUGGCCAGCAACUUCAACAUGAACUCGCAGCCCCCGCAGCCGAUGCGCCAGAGUUGCGGCGAGUUGCGCAAUCACCACUGCGGAUUAUUUGUCGAACUCUCCGGCAGGCUGAUCAAGAAGCGUGUGAAUCGCUUCGCGGAGCUGCGCGAUCGCAACGGCGGAGCCUGCCAGCUGGUGGUUCUGGAGGACAAGCAUCCGCGGGUGGCGCGUCGCAUGAACAACAUGCCCGAGAACACCACCCUGACCAUUGUGGGUCUGGUGAUGCGUCGGCCCCACAAUUCGUGCAACCAAACGAUGCCGACGGGCGAGAUCGAAGUGGAGGUGCAGGACAUCCUCAACAUUCACUUCCCGACCAGCGGAACCAAGCGAGCUGGCGACAAGCGCACAUACAGCACCAUGGUGCAGCAGCAGAGCAAUCUUGGGAUAACCAGCACAGAGUACAAGAUAGCCAAGAACGAGAAUAUAUUAAAGUACUUUGAGAACCGCGAUCUCACCUGCAACGAUUUGAGACGCGAUGAUGUGGGCAAGACGGUGACCCUGGUGGGUUGGAUUCCCUCUACCAAGAACAACAAAUUUCUGCAGCUCAAGGAUGGCUAUGGCCAGACGCAACUCAUGAUCGAGGAUCAGUCGCUAAGCGACACAUUCCUGUCGACACCAGAGCAGACUGUUAUUCAGAUAGUGGGCAAGGUCUUAAGUCGACCCAAAGCCAAUGUUAAUUUGAAAUACGAUACUGGUGAGGUGGAGGUCAGUGUGUCGAGCGUAAAGAUCCUGAACCCAGACGAUCCCUACGACGGACCCAUCAAGGCCAAAGAGAAGCAGCAGAAGCUCUCCAUCGAUGAUCUGGAGGCUGAAGAGGCUGCCGCCGAAGCCUCGGCCAGUUUGAGCAGCAACAAUGGAGAGUCCAAGGAAGAUGGAGCGGACGCAGCUCCCACUGCUAACAGCUCCGUAAUUGUCGAGCAGCGAGUCAAGGUGGCGGACACCAACAAGUUUGCCGAUCGCACACACAACUGCGGUGAACUGAGCUCCAAUGAAAUCAACGAAAAAGUAGUCAUUUGCGGCUGGCUAGAGUUCCAGCGGAUGAACAAGUUCUUCAUACUACGAGAUGCCUACGGACAGACUCAGGUACUCUUGCUGCCCACAACAGAAGGUCUGGAGGAAUAUGUAGAGACGGGCGUGCCCAUUGAAUCGAUUGUGCGUGUGGAGGGUACAGUAAUACCUCGUCCAGCGGCCACCAUUAACCCCAAAAUGCAAACCGGGCAUGUUGAGGUGGAAGCAGAUAGGGUGGUUGUGCUAAACCCGGCAAAGAAAAAUCUCCCAUUCGAGAUUCGGAAGUUCAAUCGAGCUGGCGAACGCUUGCGCCUCACUCAUCGGUAUCUGGAUCUGCGUUUCAAUGAUAUGCAGCAUAAUCUUCGCCUCCGUUCGGCUGUCAUAAUGAAAAUGCGCGAGUAUCUAAUAAACUAUUUGGGUUUCGUCGAGGUAGAGACACCGACCCUCUUCCGAAGGACACCCGGCGGUGCCCAGGAGUUCGUCGUGCCCACUCGAAAGGCGGGACACUUCUAUUCGCUCGUCCAGAGUCCGCAGCAAUUCAAGCAGAUGCUGAUGUCCGGAGGAAUAGACAGAUACUUCCAGGUGGCUCGUUGCUACAGGGAUGAAUCGACGCGUCCAGAUCGUCAGCCGGAGUUCACCCAACUGGAUAUAGAACUUUCCUUCACCAGCCGGGAUGACAUCAUGCAACUGAUCGAGGAGACCCUCAGAUAUUCGUGGCCCAAAGAUUUUCCCCGGUUGCAAACACCAUUCCGUCGUAUUACCUACGAAGAGGCACUCGAAAAGUACGGCAUUGACAAACCGGACACUCGGUUUGGCUUCCUGUUGAACAAUGUCUCGGACAUCAUUGAAAAGAGCGGCGAUUUCAAGGAAAAGUUUGAGGAUCUCGGCGCAUAUGCCAUUGUGGUGCGGGCCAGUGAAGCCUUUUGGAAUGGAGCUGCCCGGAAGCAUUACGAAAGUCUGGGCAAGGAGUUCAAGGGCACGUUGUUCGUGCGUAAAUUCGGUCCAACAAAGGAUGUGCAGGACAAGCUGGGCAAGCUGCUGGGCGAGGAGGUGGCCACCGAGAUCGCCGAGAAGUUUGAUCUCGAGGAGAACGAUCUGCUCUUCCUGGGCAUUGGACCGAAAGAGGAAACUCGCGCCAUGUUGGGUCGCAUCCGACUGGACUACCACGAGUUUUUGGUGGAGAACGCCAAGGUGAAGAAGCCGAAUGAUUUCCGCUUCCUUUGGGUGAUCGACUUUCCGUUGUUCGAGCGAAAUCGUGAGACCAACCAGUUGGAGAGUGUUCACCAUCCGUUUACCCUGCCACACAGUGAUGAUCUGGAUAACUUUGCCACGAGCUGCGAGAACAUGGAGAAUAUACGCUCUCAGGCCUACGAUUUGGUACUAAACGGUCAGGAAGUCGGAGGCGGUUCCAUCCGCAUUCACGAUCGUGACAUGCAGCACUUUAUACUGGAACAGAUCCUGAAGAUCCCACAUGAUCACCUGUCGCACUUAUUGAGCGCAUUGGAGUCUGGCUGCCCGCCACAUGGUGGCAUUGCACUGGGUUUGGAUCGCCUGAUUGCCAUCUUAUGCCGCGCGCGGUCAAUUCGCGAUGUGAUUGCAUUCCCCAAGUCACUUAACGGGCGUGAUCCACUCUCGAACGCCCCAGUUCCCAUUUCCGAGGAGGAGAUGAAGCUCUAUCACCUUUCUGUGGUCGAAGAGGAGGAGGCCAGCACAAAUAACACGACACACGAACAGGAGGACGACGAUCCCGACCAGGAGCGUGCUCCUCCAUCGCCCAUGUCGGCGACUAGCGACGCGGAGCAGCCGGAAAUGGAUGUGGAUAUCAAGGCGGAGCCUGAGGAUGUCACCGAAAAGGAAGAGGAGAAACCCGAACCAGUAAAAGAGCCAGUCAAACCGCCAACCAAAGCGGCCGUCAAAGCAGCGCCCGCCGCCGAAGUACCGCCACCAGCAGUCAAGACCGAGUCACCACCGGUGGCUGCUACGCCGACCAGAGCUAAACGGGUCGUCAAAAAGAAGGUCUAGGGCGGGGGCACAUUAACAUUACGGAUAACGGAUUAGCAUUUUACUUGUAAGCUCAGUAGUCAGGACGCAGGAUGGCAGCUGGCGGACGAAUUAGUCAGCCACAUAGCAAACACAGCGGUCGGGUCGGAUUAAUUGAAUGGCGAAGGACCUUUUUACACACAGAUGUAUACCAAAAAAGGUCAUUGUAUGUACCCACCCCAGAUUUUCUCAACGGAUUUCAAUACCAGAACCUAGAGCCUAGGACAAACAAACUAUACACUCACAUCGCGACCCGGCUGUCCACAUUCUACAAGUCCAUUUCUAAUUAUUAUGGCAAAAAAAAUUUAUUACAAUUUACAAAAUAUACAAAACAGCUAUUGUAUUCGGAAUUGUUUAAUUAUAUGAUGCUUGAAUUACA